UGAUUGUCUCUCUAUCCUUUUAUUCAUAUUUUGACCAGACAAACAUUGAUGGAUGAGGUAAGAAACACCGUGUUGAUUUCAUGUGCUAUCGCAAUUUUAGUAUGUAUUUGGAAGUUAGUAAACACGUUAUGGGUUACACCAAGGAAACUAGAGAAGCAUCUGACGAAUCAAGGUUUCAAAGGGAACAAAUACAAAUUUCUGUAUGGGGACACAAAAGAAAUGUCCAUGAUGUUUAGAGAAUCAAGAUCAAAGGUUUUGAAUCUUGAUGAUGACGAUGAAGUUCUCCCACAUGUCAUCGGUUUCUCCUAUCAAUCUCUUCAAAAACAUGGUAGAAACUUCAUCACAUGGAUGGGAUGGAAACCGCGAGUAACCGUUAUGGACCCAGAGCUCAUCAAAGAUAUAUUUGUGAAAAUGAACGACUUUCAAAAGCCAAGAAGUAACCCACUGGGUAGGUUAUUAGCAACUGGAAUAGUGUCAUAUGAAGGAGAUCAAUGGGCCAAACAUAGAAAAAUAAUUAACCCAGCUUUCCAUUUGGAAAAACUUAAGAAUAUGGGACCAGCUUUUCAGUUAAGCUGUGGAGAAAUGCUUGCAAAAUGGGAGAUGUUGAUUUCAUCGUCGGGAUCAUGCGAGUUGGAUGUUUGGCCUCAUCUUCAAGCUUUAUCCGCUGAUGUGAUAUCAAGAACCGCAUUUGGAAGUAGUUAUGCAGAAGGAAUUCGGAUAUUUGAACUCAUAAGAGAACAAAGUGUACUUGCAAUGGAAGCAUUCCAGUCCCUUUACAUCCCUGGAUCAAGGUUUCUUCCAACAAAGCGCAACUCGAAGAUGAAGGCUAUAGAUAAAGAAGUAAAGCUUUCUAUUAGGAAAAUUAUUGAUUUGAGGCUAAAAGCAAUGAAGGUCGGGGAAGCUAACUAUGAUGAUCUAUUAGGAAUGCUGCUUGAAUCUAAUAUGAAAGAGGUUAACCAACAUCAAAACAAAAGUCAUGGAAUGACUAUCAAUGAAGUUAUUGAAGAGUGUAGACUUUUCUAUUUUGCCGGACAAGAGACAACUUCAAGUUUGCUUGUGUGGACGAUGAUUUUGUUAAGUAAACAUAAAGAAUGGCAGUCGCGCGCUAGGGAAGAGGUUAUGAAUGUUUUUGGGGACAAAAAUAUAGAUAUAGAUGGGCUAAAUCAACUCAAAGUUGUUAACAUGAUCUUCUACGAAGUAUUGAGGUUAUACCCCCCUGUAGUUGGACUAGCCCGAAAAGCUGAAAAAGAAAUUACAUUGGGAGAUUUUUCGAUACCAUCUGGAGUGCUGAUUGGUUUGCCGAUAAUGCUAAUUCAUUACGAUGAAAAAUAUUGGGGGAGUGAUGCCAAGAAGUUUAACCCCAGUAGGUUUUCGGAAGGAAUUUCUAAGGCAACCAAAAACCAAGUCACUUACUUUCCUUUUGGUUGGGGUCCUCGAAUAUGCAUUGGACAAAACUUUGCCCUAUUGGAGGCUAAAAUUGCUCUCGCAAUGAUCUUACAACGAUACUCUUUUGAAUUUGCACCAUCCUAUGUCCAUGCUCCUCGCACUGUUCUCAUCCUUCAACCCGGACAUGGUGCGAAUCUAAUUUUGCAUAAACUCUAACAAUUUAUCUUCUUAGAGUAUUUUUCUAGUUGAAACAAUGUUUAUCUAUGUAAUGUAAUUUGCUUAUUACUUAUAUAGAAAAAGGAAUGUACAAUGCUUAUUACAUUAUCAAAAAAAUAAGAGUUUUGUUGUUUGUGCAA